AUGAAGGCAGCUGUGGGGAACAAGAAAAGCAAGGGCACUUUCUGCGCCUUCUGCCACCCUUCUCUGCUCCUGCUCAUCGUGGCAAUCCAGUUCUUGAUGAUUUACUCACCAACCCUUGAUCAGUACAUGGUGAUGCUAACCACAGAUGAGUUCAUCCCGGAGCCUCACCUGCGAUGUGACUUCAGUGACAAUAAAUCCGACGUGUACGAGAUGGAGGGCGCCAUCCGCAUCCUCAGCCGCGAGUUGGAGGUAUUCCUGGUGGCGCCUCGCCUCGCCUCCAUCUCCGGCCGCAGCGGCGUGAACACGACGGGCUUGGACGCGAACGCGACGAGGUGGAAGAUCCAGCCGUACACCCACAAGGGCGAGUCCCGCGUGAUGCCUUCCAUCACGGAGGUGACGUUGCGACUGGUGACCGUUGACGAGGCGCCGCCGUGCGACGAGUGGCACGACGUGCCGGUGAUCGUGUACUCCAACGGCGGUUACUGCAGCAACUAG